GAUAGUUGAGUCGACUGAAAAAGAGACGCGAACUAGCACUUACGUCACUCCACUGGGUUUUCUGCGAUAAGUUGUAGGAAAUCGACUUUAAGAUUUAUUUUGGUCAAGUUCUGACCGUUUGGGAUAUGUUUUGAUAUACUACAUUGUAGGAUUAUUGCUUUGAGUUUCUGUGUAUUUCCUGAAGAAAGAAACAAUGGCAGAUUUCUUUGAGGAAGAAGCAGAAGUAUCAGAUGAAGAUGCUCCAGCAAGCAGUGAUGAGGAAGAGGAAGAAUAUGAAGAAGAUAUUGAUGAAGGGGCUAAUGUUCCUGAUCUGAUCAACGAUGAUGAAGAAGUAGAAAAUGAUUCUGAGGGAGAAGAGAUUGGUAGAAAGAAAAAAAGAAAACACAGAGCAGAUUAUGAUGAAAGGCUGGAAGAUGAAGAUUAUGAUCUGAUUGAAGAGAACUUGGGAGUCAAAGUUGAGAGGAAAAAGUUUCGUAGAGUGCGUCAGAUCUCUGAGGAGGAUGAUAGUGGAAGUGAGGAUGGAGGAGCAGGAACAUCAAGGGAGUUAGAUGACAGAGAUGCUAUCGCCAAGGAAAUCUUUGCUGGCGAGGAAGAAGAGGGCGAACUUAGUCCUGGAGAAGCUGAGGAUCUGGAGGAACAGCACGAAGUGGACCAAGGGGAGCAGUAUGGAGCCCUUGAAGAGUCUGACGAAGAAUCAGACCCAGAUGAUUUCAUUGUUGAUGAUAGUGGGCAACCUAUUGGAAAGAAAAAGAAGAAAGGACAUAAACACAGAUACACAGACUCUGCUCUACAAGAAGCACAGGAUAUCUUUGGACUUGAUUUUGACUUUGAUGAAUUUGAAGGAUACGGUGAUGAUUAUGAAGAAGCAGAAGAGGAGGAAUAUUCUGAGUACGAGGAUGAGGAAGAGGAAUUAGAAGAAGGUGGAGAACAGAGGAGAAGACAGAAGAGACCUGGCAAGAAACGAGCUCCAAAGAAGAGUAUUUACGAGGUAUUUGAGCCAAGUGAGUUGGAGAGGGGUCAUUUCACAGAUCUUGAUAAUGAGAUCAAGACAGCAGACAUUCCAGAGAGAUUUAUGUUGAGAACGGUUCCUGUGACUGAGGCAGCUGAUGAAGAGCUUGAGAAAGAAGCUGAAUGGAUCUACAAACAAGCCUUCCUAACACCAUCAGUAUCAAAUCAGGAAUUUGGUGAUCAAGGUGAUGGUUAUGGUGGAUCAAGUGGUUAUGAAAGGAAACCUCCAAAAACAAAGAAGAAAAUCAGAGAAGCCCUCCUGUUUAUGAGGAAUCAACACUUUGAGGUACCAUUUAUAGCUUUCUACAGGAAGGAAUAUGUAGAGCCAGAGCUGAAUUUCAAUGAUCUCUAUAAGGUCUAUCAUUGGGAUGCAAAGUGGUGUCAAUUGAAAGCAAGGAAAGCCAAUCUCUUGAAGCUCUUUGAGAAGAUGCAGACUUACCAGUUUGAUACAGUAAUGAAAGAUAAAGACUUUGAUGCAGAACUCCCUGAAGAUUUCAGAGCUCUUUCCAACCAAGAUAUUGAAAGGCUGAAUGCUGUUGAUUCUACAGAAAGCUUGAAGGACGUCUACAUGCACUUCUUGUUAUACUAUGGCCGAGAGCUCCCUAAGAUGCACAAUUCACUUAAAGCCAAACCCAAAGAGAAGAAAAUGAAGAUGGUGACGGUCAAGAGGAAAGUGAUGGUCAAACGAUGGAGGAAGAAAAAGAAGGAAAAAUCCCCGCACAAAGAACGAAGGAUAGAAGAUGAUGAUAGUGAUGAGGAGGAGGAUAGUAACAAGAAGAUGGAUACAAUGGAGGAGAAGGAGAAAGAGGAUGAGGAGAAGAUGGACACAGAGGACGGGGAGAAGGGAGAUGAGGAAGGUGGGGAGGAGAAGAAGAAAAAAGAUGAGGAGGAGGAUGAUGGUUUCGAGGAUGGUGAGACAAAAGAUAAGGAAGAAGGGGAGGAAGGAGAAGAAGGAGAGACAAAGGAGAAGGAUAAAGAAGAUGGAGAGGUCGCUGAGGAGGAAGAAAUGGAGGAGAUUGAGGUGGAGACAGAGGUGGAAGAGGAGAUGGAGGUGGAGGCUUCCGAUGAUGAGGAUGAUGAAGAAGGCGUGGUGACUAGCUAUGAGAUCAAACAAGCCAGCAGGAAAUCAAUGUAUGCUCUCUGUCAAGAUGCUAAACUCACUGGUCUGGCUGCCAAGUUUGGAUUGACUCCUGAACAGUUUGGUGAGAACCUGAGAGAUAAUUACCAGAGGCAUGACCCUGAACAACACCAGGCUAGUCCCUUAGAGGCAGCAUCAGAGUACCUUUCAAAUAAAUUCAAGGAUGAGGAAGGUGUUCUGAAGGCUGCAAGGUACAUGGUAGCCCUUCAGAUAGCACACGAUCCUCUGGUCAGACAGUGUGUUAGACAGACAUAUUAUGAGAGAGCCAAGAUAUCGGUCAAACCUACCAAGAAGGGGAUCAAGGAAAUUGAUGAGAGUCAUCCCAUCUUUGGAAGCAAGUACCUGAAGAAUAAACAGGUGAAGGAUCUAUUAGGAGACCAAUACCUGAAGCUAGUACAGGCAGAGAAAGACAAACUCAUCACCAUGACCAUGUCUAUUGAUAUGGCACAGGCAUCAAGUACGUCCUACACGUCUGCUACUUACUUUGAGGAGAUGAAGCAGUUGUACUACCUAGAUGAGUUCCGUUCUGAGGUACAGGCCUGGAACAAAGAAAGGAGUGGUGCCCUAGAGAUGGCCCUUAAGAGUAUCCUCUACCCUCAACUUGCCAAAGAACUCAAAACAAAGCUUAUUGCUGAAGCUAAAGAAGGCAUAAUCAAGCAAUGCUGCACAAAGAUGUUCAAUUACCUGAAGGUGAUGCCAUUACAAGUAGAUCAACCCAUGGAAGAAGAUGAAGAUGAUUACUUGGAUGGAAACAGUAGGAUGGGACUAAGGGUUAUGGGAUUUGCCUUCACAAGUGCAAUGGACAGUGCAGCAUUCUGCUGUAUGCUUGACGGCGAGGGAGAAGUGACAGACUUCCUUCGAUUGCCUCACUUCUUGAGACGAAGGAAUGCCUUCUGGCAGCGAGAUCGUGACCUCAAGGAAGCCGACGUAGAAUCACUGAAGACAUUCAUCUCAAAUCAGAAACCUCAUGUUAUAGCUGUAGCCUCGGAAGGAAGGAAUACAACAUCUGUGUUACAAGACAUCAGGGGAUGCAUUGAGGAUCUGGAGUCGGAACAACAGAUGGCGCCAAUCAAAGUUCAAUUGCUCGACAGCAAUGUGGCUGUUGUAUACCAGGCUUCCAAGCUAGUUGAGACGGAAUUCCGUGACUACCCACCAUUACUACGUCAGGCAGUAUCAAUAGCGCGUAGGUUACAGGAUCCGCUGAUUGAGUUCUCUCGAUUAUGUAAUCCAGAUGAUGAUCUCCUUUGCUUGAAACUUCAUCCUCAACAGGAAGCCGUGAGCCAAGAUGAACUGAAGGAGGCUCUUCACCAAGAGUUCAUCUACAGGGUCAACGAGGUGGGCGUCGACAUCAACAGAGCUAUCUUACAUCCUCACACAGCCUCUCUCGUUCAGUUUAUAUGUGGACUUGGUCCCAGGAAAGGAAAUGCUUUAGUCAGGACCCUGAAGCAGAAGAACCAGCGUUUAGACAAUCGUAAUCAACUAGUAACCCACUGUCAGCUUGGUCCUAAGGUCUUCAUCAACUGUGCUGGAUUCCUCAAGAUAGAUACUGCUUCAGCUGGUGAUGGUGCUGACGAUACAUACAUUGAAGUCCUUGAUAGCACCCGUAUCCACCCUGAGACAUAUGAGUGGGCCAGAAAGAUGGCUGUAGAUGCCUUAGAGUAUGAUGAAGCUGCUGAUGAUGCAAACCCUGCAGAAGCACUGGAAGAGAUUCUAGAGAAUCCUGAUAAACUCAAGGAUCUGGAUCUGGAUGCCUUUGCAGAGGAACUUGAAAGACAGGGAUAUGGCAAUAGGAGUAUUACAUUGUAUGAUAUCAGAGCUGAACUGAACAGCCGUUACAAGGAUCUUAGGACGCCUUUCCAUCCGUUCACUCCUGAAGAAGCCUUCAGUACACUGACAAAGGAAACACCAGAGACAUUCUAUAGAGGUAAAAUGGUAACAUGUGUAGUGACUGGUAUUGCAAGGAGGAGACCCACCAGGGAGAUGUUAGAUGAUGCUAAUCCUAGUAAGAAUGAUGAGACAGGAUUAUGGCUAUGUCCAUUCUGUCAACAAGAUAACUUCUUUGAACUCAACGAGGUAUGGAGCCAUUUCGACACAGGUAACUGCCCAGGUCAGGCAGUAGGGGUCAAAGUUCGUCUGGACAAUGGCAUCAUGGGAUUUAUUCACACCAAGUUCCUGAGUGACAGCAAGGUCAAGAAUCCUGAAGACAGGGUCAAGAUUGGUAUGACCCUCCAUGCUCGCAUCAUGAAGAUUGACAUUGAGAGGUUCCAGGUGGAUCUGACAAGCAGGAGCUCCGAUCUCCAGGAUCGUAACGGAGAAUGGGCACCACCUCGUGAUACUUACUACGACUAUGAAGCAGCUGAGAUGGAUAAGCAAAAGGAUGAAGAUGAGAAGAAGAAGGCUGCAGCAUCCAGCACAUAUGUGAAGAGGGUUAUCGUGCAUCCAUCCUUCCAAAAUAUCACCUAUAAACAAGCUGAGAAAGUGAUGAGAGAGUCGGAUGUAGGCGAUGUCAUCAUAAGACCAAGUAGUAAGGGAGCUGAUCAUUUGACGGUGACAUGGAAAGUAGAUGAUGGUAUCUAUCAGCAUAUUGAUGUACAAGAAGAAGGGAAAGAUAAUGAUUUCAGUCUGGGAUCAACAUUAAAGAUUGGAGAAGAGGGAUUUGAGGACUUGGAUGAAAUCAUAGCCCGUCACAUCCAGCCGAUGGCAGCCUUCGUACGAGACGUCACCUCUCAUAAAUACUACCGGGACGUAGAAGGGGGUAGCAAGGAACUCAUGGACAAGUGUCUCGCUGCUGAAAAGAAGAAGGCACCAAGUCGUAUCCCAUAUUUCAUGUGUUUCUGUAAAGACUAUCCAGGCAAGUUCCUGUUGUCAUACCAGCCACGAAGCAAAGGAAGACAUGAGUAUGUCACUAUUACACCUGAUGGGUAUAAGUUCAGAGGUCAGAUGUUCACAACAAUCAACUCUUUACAUCGCUGGUUCAAGGUUCAUUUUAGAGAUCCAAUACCUGGUAUGAAUGUGACUCCAACACCAAUGAGUACUCACAGGACACCCAUGUCUGUUGCUCAUGAUGGCACACCUUGGCAAACGGGCACACCCAUGAUCCAAAAGACCGGUACCACAUUCACAGGGGGUAUGUAUGCCACGCCCAGUGUGCUUCAAGGUACCCCUCGACAGACUCCAGGCCGUCAGACACCCUUGACUGGUACAGCAGCAGGUCGCUAUGGGUAUGGCUACCCCUACACUACUCCACAGAAUAUCACUACACCUGUUGGUGCCACUCCUUCGUACCAGGGAAUGCGCACCCCUCAGGGAGGUGUAGCCCGCACCCCACAGGUCAACAGGACCCCCCAGAUCAACCCCGCCCGUACCCCUUCUGUGGCUGGCAUGACACCCCAGGGCACACCCCAGUACCAAUCACGCACCACUCCUCGCCAGUCAUGGGGUGGGAGUACUCCUACACAACAGCCACAACAGGCUCCACACAGGAGUGCUGGAAGAACACCACAGAGGAGUAGUGGUAGCAGCAGUAGCCGUGAAAUGCCACGUACUGGAGGACCAGUGGACUGGGCCCAGCAAGCUGCCCUUUGGGCCAAACAACGCCAACAGAACCUGCGAAGCCCAGCCGUCCAACCUAGCCCAGCUCUACAUGAACCUAGCCCAAUGUCCAUCUCAAACACCCCUGCACCCAGCCAGGGAGGCGGAGAUUCAACACCCCUCAUUGAUGAAGAGAUUUGAAUGUAUUGAUGUUUAUGGACCUCAUGAAGCUCCAUUGAAUAGCCAGUACCUGCAUUGCGUGUACUAAGACUCAUUUCAAUCUCAUAUCCCUGUGCCGAGUGAGGGAAGUGGGAUUUCAACGCCUCUCAUUCAUGAAGAGAUUGUACCACUGUUUGUAGACUGCAAAGCUCCAUCAUAUGCAUUUGGUGACCUACUAGGCUUUGGACCUAGCUUUAUGUCAAUCACAAAUACCCCUGCACCCAGCCAGGGAGUUGAAGGUUCAGUUGCCUUUAUCGAUGGAAAAGCAUUUUUCAUGGCCAGGACAUUUGUGCCAUUGUGUUGAGGAUAUCAGGAUGUCAGUUUUGGCAUAAUCUAAGCCUAAUA